CGAUCACGAAGACUUGGAGAUAGUUAGGUCUACCUGAAUAGGAACUUCGUUUCUAUAUCCUCGUUUUGUUGAUAAUGAUGAAAUAAAAGUGUCACAUUUCUCAAAUUUUGGUCUCUUUUGACUUGCUUGUUUUGAUCAACAUCUGAAAUUUGAUUGGUGUUUUUUCAUAUGGUUCAAGUCGCCUAUUGAUUGCUAUCCAGUGCUUCCUGGUGCCUAGCCUGUUCAGAUCCAUUUUUAGACAUGUUCUCUGGAUUGUAUUGAGUUCACUGCCAUUUCAAGUAGUUUCCCAAAUCUUCUGAUUAGUUUCCCCAAGUGUGGUUUGAUAGUAUCCUCUUUUAAUAUGCUCUAGUUUAAGCAGUGUCGGUUGCUUAGCGAGAGUGUAAUGGUCUAGCAUGUUGAAACGAUUAGGCUUUUGGUAAAUCAAUGUGAGAAGACAUCACUUCACAUAGUGGAGACCCUAGAAGAGUCCACUGUAAAGCCAUGUGGGUGAACAUGUUCUCUUAUCCAUGUCCUCUGUACAUGCAGAUGCUCUUUGGUAAAACUCAGCAAUUCAUGAAAUAUUAUAUGACAAUCGUAGUCGCAUCACAUCGAGAGGGCUACUGCUGUGGUCAUUUCCUUCUCUGUGUGUUUGUCUCCCGAGAGUAUAAUUGAAUAGCACUAGUAAAUCAAUGUAAGAACUAAGAUGACAUCACUUCACUCUUCAGUCUCCACAUUGUCUUUUUUUUUUUUUUUACUGGAGAACCAAAGAAGAGUCUAGUGUAAAGCCAUGUUAAGAACCUCUGUUCCUCUUUUCCUCGGUACACGCAGAUGUUCUGUUGUAAAUUGCACCAAUUCAUGAAAAAACAUGAUGAACAGUUGUAGUCGUAGUGGUAUGUAAUUUGAAGUCGGUGUCGGUGGAGUCAGUGAGAUACGUUUUGGACGAAAGCGAAAAGUGACUCUUUUGCUAAAAAAACUACUAUUUCGGGUAAUGUGACCGGCUAUUUCCGGUGGAACAGUCGAGCCACCGACACAACCUUCCAUGUUUUCACGACAAUGAUCACUGUCCGUAUCGCACACGAUCCACGUUAUUAUUUAUUUAAAGAAAGAAACCAUAAUUUCCCGCACUCGGCUCUCCCAUAUGUAAGAGAGAAAGUAGCAUUAUUAUUGGCUUAAAGGUAAAGAACAGCAAAUCUGAGAGUAGACUUCACUCUUGAGGAGAUCAAAGUAACCCGUCUUGAAGAGAGUCAUGACUUGGAUGUAAAACACACACUUUGCUCUGUUUCUUCACUGGGUAAAACAGAUCUUCUUGGAUCGUUUCCUUAUGAUGAAGGGGAGAACAACCAACAAUGUCCAGUCAAAGCGAUCGACCAAGAACGGAAGAAAAGAUCAGAAGCUGCAGAAGAAGAAUAGCCAGAAAAGAUUGUCAGAACAAGAGAAACACAAGGACUUAAACGCUAACGAAGAUUCUAACAAUCUCCCUACAGUACUAGCUAGUGAUUCAACCACACACUCAGAUCCAUCUGAGGCUUACGAGACCGUAGAUGUCCGUUACUUGGAUGAUGUAACAGAGAGUAAAGAGAAAGAUCACAGUGUAAAUGGAUCCAAAGAUGAUGAUGAAGAAGAAGAAGAAGUUAAAGAUGCUCGGGAAGGUGUCAAUGCCGAUGUAUGGGAAGAUGCUUCGAAUGGUGCUCUUAGUGCUGGAAGCGAGAACGAGUCCCCUAAUGUAACAGAGAACAGUGGUGAACACUUUGAGGAAGAGAAGAUCAAACAUCUCGAGGCAAGAAUCGAGAGACUUGAAGAGGAGCUUAGAGAAGUUGCCUCACUCGAGAUAUCUCUCUACUCUGUUGUUCCGGACCAUUCUAGCUCCGCGCACAAGCUUCACACGCCAGCUAGGCGUCUUUCCAGAAUCUACAUCCAUGCCUGUAAGCAUCUCACUCGUGAAAAGCGUGCUAGGAUCGCUACGAACUCUGUUUCUGGUCUUGUUUUGGUUGCCAGAUCUUGUGGGAAUGAUGUUUCAAGGUUGACCUUUUGGUUAUCAAACAUCAUAUCUCUAAGGGAGAUCAUUUCACAAGCCUUUGGUAAGUCGCAUGAGUCAAAUGGUGGUGCAGAGAAGAAAGGUCUCCAAAAGCUUUUGGAGGAUUGGCAAGAAACUGAAACGUUUACUACUUCACUCGAGAAAAUCGAACACUGGGUCUUCACUAGAAUCGUUGAAUCUGUUUGGUGGCAGGUCUUUACUCCUUAUAUGCAAUCCCCUGAAAGCAACUCAUCUGAGAAGCAAGGAGCCUUUUCUAUUAGCCUGUGGAACAGUGCUUUCAGAGAAGCUCUGCAACGGCUUUGUCCUGUGAGAGGCGCGGGGCAUGAAUGUGGCUGCUUACCUGUUUUGGCUAGAAUGGUGAUGGAGAAGUGUAUCAGUAGAUUCGAUGUAGCUAUGUUCAAUGCUAUUCUGCGGGAGUCAGAACAUCAGAUUCCAACUGAUCCGGUCUCUGAUCCUAUUCUUGAUUCCAAAGUUGUGCCUAUUCCUGCUGGAGAGUUGAGCUUUGGAUCAGGAGCACAACUCAAAAAUGCGAUUGGUAACUGGUCUAGAUGCCUCACUAAAAUGUUCGGCAUGAACAACGAAGAUGAUGAUGAAAGUGAAGGCAGUGAUAGUAGUAAAGCUUUUGUAUUGUUAAAUGAACUUAGUGAUCUUCUUAUGCUCCCAAAAGACAUGCUAAUGGAGAGUUCCAUUAGAGAAGAGAUAUGUCCAUCGAUCAAUCUUUUACUAAUCAAAAGAAUACUCUGCAACUUCACUCCUGAUGAGUUCUGUCCAGAUCAUGUACCAGGAGCUGUCCUAGAAGAGCUCAACUCUGCUGACAGCGAUGGUGAUGGGAAGCUGCUAUUAGAAGAAAGCUUCCCUUAUGCAGCUUCCUCAGUUUCUUACACGCCUCCGUCGACCAUGGAUGUAGGAGAGAAAGUUGCAAAUCUUACAGGGAAAAUGUCAAGGAAUGUGUCUAUGAUACAGAGAAAAGGGUACACGAGCGACGAGGAGCUUGAGGAACUGGACUCUCCUCUUACAUCCAUCGUAGACGAUUCAAGUGACUUUACUGAUUCAGCGACCUCAAAUGAAAGAUACAAGCUUCUUAGACAAGUGUGGUUUUAGUUAGGUGAUUCAUUGGAAACCAAGUUAAAAGUGUAAUUAGUUUGUGUGGUUACUAUGAACUUAUGCCAUAUCCAGUAACCAAAAAACACAAAAUUUUGC